AUGCCCGAAGUAGAAGCAGCAGAGCCAAUGCAGGCGGAUCAGAAGAUGGAAGGUGAAGAGGCCGAGACUUUUGCCUUCCAGGCCGAAAUUGCCCAACUAAUGUCGCUGAUCAUCAACACGUUCUAUUCGAAUAAGGAGAUUUUUCUUCGAGAGUUGAUCUCCAAUGGCAGCGACGCAUUAGACAAGAUCAGGUACGAGUCGCUGAUCGACCCAUCGAAGCUGGACACGGGUAAAGAUCUGUACAUAAAAAUCAUUCCGAAUAAGAAUGACCGCACAAUCACCGUGAUCGACACGGGGAUCGGGAUGACCAAGGCCGAUCUAAUUAAUAAUCUCGGUACGAUCGCGAAGUCAGGAACGAAGGCGUUCAUGGAAGCCUUGCAGGCCGGUGCUGACAUUUCGAUGAUUGGGCAGUUCGGUGUUGGUUUCUACUCUGCGUACCUGGUUGCUGACAAAGUGACAGUUGCCAGCAAACACAACGACGACGAUGGCUAUAUGUGGCAGAGCAGUGCUGGUGGUUCCUUCACCAUUAAACCGUACAGCGAUCCGGAGUUGACUCGUGGUACCCGAGUGACCUUAUACCUGAAAGAGGAUCAGUUAGACUAUCUGGAAGAACGACGCAUUAAGGAAGUAGUCAAAAAACACAGUCAGUUCAUAGGGUAUCCUAUCAAGUUGGUCGUCGAGAAGGAACGCGAAAAAGAAGUAAGCGACGAUGAAGAGGAGGAGGUGGAGAAAAAGGACGAGGCAGAAAAGGAAAGCGAAAAGCCAAAGGUCGAAGACGUAAGUGACGAAUCUGACGAAGAGAAGGAGAAAGAAAAGAAAAAGAAGAAGAAAAUUAAGGAAAUCUACACCGAAGAUGAAGAACUAAAUAAGACGAAACCAAUAUGGAUGAGGAAUCCCGAUGAAAUCACUAGUGAAGAGUAUGGGGAAUUUUAUAAAAGCUUGACGAAUGACUGGGAAGAUCACUUGGCCUGCAAACAUUUUUCGGUAGAAGGUCAGCUGGAGUUCCGGGCUUUGCUUUUCAUCCCCAAAAGAGCACCUUUCGGCCUGUUCGAAAAUCAUAAAUGUCGAAACAACAUCAAACUGUUCGUCAGGCGCGUAUUCAUUAUGGAAAACUGCGAAGAACUGAUGCCCGAAUACCUUAAUUUCAUAAAGGGAGUGGUGGACAGUGAAGAUUUGCCACUGAAUAUUAGUCGUGAAAUGCUGCAACAAUCCAAAAUUCUCAAAGUUAUCCGCAAAAAUUUAGUUAAGAAGUGUUUGGAACUUUUCGAGGAACUGAGCGACGAUAAAGACAAUUACAAAAAGUUCUACGAACAGUUUUCAAAGAACAUCAAGCUCGGCAUCCAUGAAGAUUCUACCAAUCGCAAGAAACUAUCUGAGUUCUUGCGGUUUUACACGAGUGCAAGCGGAGAUGAUAUGUGUUCCCUUAAAGACUAUGUUGAUCGAAUGAAGCCGAACCAGAAGUCUAUAUACUAUAUCACGGGUGAGAGCAAAGAAGCUGUUGAACAUUCUGCUUUCGUCGAAAGUAUUACCAAGCGAGGGUUUGAAGUGGUGUAUAUGGUUGACCCGAUUGAUGAGUAUGCUGUGCAGCAGUUAAAAGAUUAUGACGGAAAAACUCUUGUGUCUGUGACGAAAGAAGGCUUGGAAUUGCCAGAAGAUGAACUGGAGAAGAAACGAAGAGAAGAAAAUAAAGUCAAAUUCGAGAAUUUGUGCAAAGUUAUGAAAGAGAUUUUGGAUAAGAAAGUUGAAAAGGUCACGAUCAGCAGCCGCCUCGUGAGCUCACCGUGCUGCAUAGUUACUUCACAGUAUGGUUGGUCUGCGAAUAUGGAACGUAUAAUGAAGGCUCAAGCUCUUCGCGAUACGAGUACGAUGGGGUAUAUGGCAGCGAAAAAACACCUUGAAAUAAACCCGGAUCAUCCUAUUAUUGAGCAGUUAAGACAAAGAAUUGAGAAGGAUAAAAACGACAAGACGGUUAAAGAUUUGGUGUACUUAAUAUUCGAAACCAGUCUGCUGUCCAGCGGUUUUUCGCUUGAGGAUCCGCAGACUCACGGGCAACGUAUUUAUAGGAUGAUCAAACUUGGACUAGGAAUUGACGAAGAAGAAGAGAUGGCACAGCCUGAAACUUCCGCGGAGAUUCCGCCUCUGGAAGAAGCACAUGACGACGAAAACCGAAUGGAAGAAGUCGAUUAA